UCCGUCGCUAGUACCAUGCUGGACAUAUUCGGCUCCAUCCCCACCCAGAUGGACUACAAGAGUCAAAAACUAGCAGAACAGAUUUUUCGAGGGAUCAUUCUUGUUUCUGCGGUAAUUGGUUUUAUCUAUGGCUACGUCGCUGAACAGUUCGGUUGGGCUGUCUAUAUAGUUAUGGCUGGGUUUGCUUUAUCGUGCCUGCUAACAUUCCCUCCAUGGCCUAUGUACCGCCGCAAUCCUCUGAAAUGGCUACCUGUCCAAGAGUCGGGAACAGAAGAUAAAAAGCCAGCAGAGAGAACUGAAAAGGCAUACUCAAAGUUGAAGAAUAUGAACCCUCAUGAUGUAACAUUGGAGAAUUUUGCUUCAUUAAAGGUUUCUAGGAUGAUAAAAAAAAAACCUAGAAAAAUCAAUAACUAG